AUGGCAUGCUUUUUCAGGACGGUUGACAACGGGAUCAAACUGUCAUCGUUGCUGUCUAUCCCCGAUGUCAACGACGUCCCUACCAUGAACAAAAUCAUGUCCGAUGAGCUUAAUCGGCUCGUCACUCACGAGGAUGCACCAAAGGCCUCACAACCGCUAGGACACCUACUUUCCCAAAUAUUCUCAUCUUUCACAAUUACUCUUCCUGAUGCGUGCGACCUUAAAAUACCUUGGGGAAAAAUCCUUCAUCGCGACCAACGCAUCAACGAGAAAUUCAGCGGAACAUCACCCGGUACUCUAGUGCCACUGUAUGACACUGAAGCAAAGACUUGGAACUGGGCUCUUCCAGUUGACCCCCCUGAAAAUGGCAGUAAACCUCCAGCUCAGGUUGAGUUGGAGGGCAAUGUCACACAGCAAGCCACUUAUGAAGAGAUUGUGGCAGCAUUUCUCAAUGCUCUGGCUGCCUGCUUGGCGAAGUCACGGCCUGAACUAGACAAAAUGCGCUACGCAACCAGCACAUGGAGUGCAGCCAGUGCACAGAAGCCGUUGCCCGGCAGCAACAUCAAGCGCAAGCCGGAUCUUGUUCUAUCUGAUGACAUAUCGGCGAAGUGGGGAAACAUCAGGGUAUCAGCUGAAAUCACACAUAGUCAAUACCAGCCCGCAAUGCGACUUGGGAAGGUCGCGGAUACCCAUGCCUAUCUUAUGAUGAGUGAACAGCCCUGGAGGCGCUUCGCUCUCAUAUUAUCAUUCACAGACAAAUAUCGCCACCUUAGAGUCUUGAUGUAUGACCACUCUGGUGGUGCUGUAUCCCCUUGCUUCAACAUUUACACACAACCUCACACACUUUUACACAUCAUCGCCGCUAUCAAGUUUGGGAAUUUGGAGUGUGUCGGUUACGACUCAACGGUUACCUUCUCGAGGACUGUUUCACCACCCCGAUCCAAAGAUAUCUGUGGCUAUCGUCCCAUCAGAAACGCUCCUGCCCGACGGAGUACGACAGACGAUGCCAUUGCCGCAUCCACCUCGGAUUCCCUUCCAUUCCCUGAGGAUCCCGAUGGAGUGUCGUCCAGCGAUGCUCUUGAAUCAGUCAAUCACUCCUCUAGCGACUCUGCUCUUGACUCAACCGAAGAGAAUCCGAGCGGCUCUGCUAUACAUGACUCAAUGGACGAAGAGAAUUCCCCUCCCCCUCCCCCCCCUCCCACACCCCAGGCUGAGAUGACUGAGAGCAUCUAUUCGGUUACCCCUCUCCCUUCCCAAUUCCCUUAUUCCCCUCAAUCACCUGAACCUUGUGGCAAGAUCCGUGUAGGGGAGACCAUCUACACCAUCAAGAGAAUACUUUUUGCGAGCCGGGGCCUCGUUGGUCGUGGAACCGUUUGCUAUCUGGUCACCUUAGACGAUGAAGACUUCAUAAUCAAAGACCAUUGGGUUCUGGGCAAGGACAAACACGUAGUCCUGAACGAGAUCAAGAUGCUCGAAUUGAUGGAUAACGUCCCCGGUGUUCCAAAGCUGGUGGACCAUUGGGUCGUUGAGCGGUCAGAUGGCGAACCCGACAUUACCAACAAAUAUCGGCUAAAGGAACGCCGGAGUACCCGAGGCACUAGUCGUACUCAUGUGCGUCUUGUCUUGAAGCCAUGUGGUCGCCCCCUUCACAUGUUCCGGACACUCAAGGAGUUUGUGCGAGCACUAAGGGAUAUUGUCAAGAUCCAACAAACUGCAGUGGAGGAACGUCGGAUUUUGCACCGGGACUGUAGCCUUAACAACGCGAUGAUCCUAGAUGAACUUGAUAUUAGUGAAGGGUUUCUCAUUGACUGGGAGUUUGCAGUUCGCAUUACUGCAGAUCACAAAUAUCCCAUUGGCGGUACAGGGACAGUCCCGUUCAUGUCACGCGGGCUUCUCAACCAGGUCGCAAUCCUGCAGCAGCAGGUGACCGCGGAAUCAAAGAAGGCUCCCAAAUCGGUCAAAAACUCGAAAACCCCGAAAUCAUCCUCCAAUUCUGAGGCGCUACCAAUAUCAUACGUCGUUCAAAGUUACGCAGAUGACCUGGAGUCCCUGUUUUUUGUCUUCGCUUGGGUUUGCAUCAAGUUCAGUGGGCCCAACGGCAUGGUGCGCCAGGAGCGCGUGCCUAAUUCCUUACUGAAUCGAUGGACAAGCCUUGAUCUGGCAUCCUGUGCCGCCUUCAAGAUUACCUUUUUUGCGAAUCCAGCAGAUGAAAAGCGUCUCACAGAUGAAUUCCACCCAUACUUCAAGGACCUGAUCCCCCUUGCGACAGAGUGGCGUAGAGUUCUGGUGGACAACAUGAUCCACCCCGUUACCUUCAAAUCCAUUCUUGGUUUACUCAACUCCCAUCUCGACAAGCUUCCCGACGAUGAGGAGCUCGCAUCUACUAUGACCAUGCUCAAGAAUGAUGCUGUCGCUCUUGCGGAUCGUGUCAAGGGAAAACGGAUUGCUUCAGCGUCUUUCUCUGCAGUACAGCCUAAGCGGCAGAAGUCCGAUCAUGAUGUCUCCAUACCCGACACAGAUCAUGUCGGGGGUAAACGGAUCGCUUCAGAGCAUUCCUCUGCGGUAGCACCCAAGCGGCAGAAGUCUCAUCAUAGUGACACCGAGUCUGAUUCGGCAUCAGGCAGUGAUGGAUGA